AUGACUGAGAAACACGAUCUUAUUAGUUAUAAUAAAAAAUUUAAGCCAGGAACAGCAGGCGUAAAGAUUAAUUUUAGUCCUGAUGAAAUGGCAUUCAGUCGUGAAGAUAUGCCUCUUCGUGCAGCGAUGGCGCGAAGAGAAGUUUUAUUAUCUCUUCAACCAGAUAUAGAUGGAAUUCCAAAACGUAGAUGGAACUCAGAUGUAAUGGUAAUUACACCACAUGAACCAUAUAAUCCUCAAGCAAUUUACGUAUCAAAUAAAAACGAACAUGAUCCAGAUUUUAGAAGAGACUUUUACGACUCAGAACUUCCAUGGGAUGCACGCGCAACUAUAGAUACAAAGUUAGAAUCAAAGCAAUUUAAAGAAAGAACAAUGAAAGCUAGAGAAAAUACUCUCAAAAAAUGCGAAGCAGUUGCUAGCACUCCUGCUCUUGUUCGCAGACAAAUCAACUACGCAAAUUUGAUUAAAGAGAGAGGAAUUCCUGCCGCUCAACCUCCUCCACCAUUUAUUGUUAAAAAACCGAAGUUAUCAGAGGGAACAGCAAAGCAUCUUAAGCAGUUCGCCUCUACUAAAUAUUAUCACGACGGUGCUUAUAGAUAUUGCGAAGCUUUAGGUGGUGAAGCUUGGUCGUGCUGCGGAAACACAGACAGAGAUUCUAUCGGUUGCUGCUGCCAGAAAUCUAAUAAGAUGCAUAGCUUGUAUGACUAA